CGGUAUCACAUCGGUUAUCCUUUGUUGAGUGAAAGUCCGAGUCGGAGAUACUUUCCUGUAGCAUCCAAAAGGGCUCUCCAGCCCAAAUUUUAAUGCAGAAAUGAUGUUUAGAUCUUCUUGCUGUUUGAUGGAUCAUCCUGGUUUUCUUUCAGAGUCUUGUAGUUUUAGCAAAUAUAAGUACAGAUUUUCUAGGUGUGCUAGUUUUAAGAAGUGCUUAGGCCUGAAAAGUAGUGAGCCCUCUGCAGUUGAGCUAUCUAGAAGGGCUUUUUCAGAAAGUAAUCUGAUGCUCCCUCUCACCAGGAAUAAGGAAAGCAAUCAGAGAAUUGGGGCAUGUCAUUUUUGUAGAGUAAUGCGGUCAAGGAAGAGUGGGUUUUUAGUUGCUGCAGAUCAUAGCAGAGUUGAAUUCAAGAGGAUGGUUAUGAUGAAUUCUCCCAAUCAGGAAAGCCAUCAUGAGAAUUGGCCUCCUUUCGGAGAAGUUCAAUCCGAGAGGGAUAUAAUCCACCAUCCCGAGAAUUCUCUAGAAGUACAUAAAAAACAGGUUACCCACAAAUGUUUUGACUCUUUGGACGGUGGAAGUAUGUCUGAAAAUUCUGUAAUGGCAGAGAACUGGCUGGGUUUAAAGGUUGGACUGAAUGGAAUGGCUUUAGUCUGCACUCAAAGAGGAUGUGCCCCUGCCCAUGUAUGUGAAAUAGAGCAUAGAAACGAAAGCUCCGAGAUUCAUGGCGGUGAUGGUGGUAGAGGGGAAGAGGAAAGCUGUGGAACAGAAUCCAGCAGCACAGAUUUGUAUUAUCAAAUGAUGUUGGAAGCAAACCCUGAUAAUCCUCUUCUGCUGAGAAACUAUGCCAAGUUUUUGCACGAGGUUCAACAUGACAUGAAGAGAGCAGAAGCAUACUUCUGCAGGGCCAUAUUGGCAAGCCCUGGGGAUGGAGAGAUCAUGUCACUGUAUGCCAAAUUCAUAUGGGAAAGCCACAAGGAUCCAGCUCGGGCCGAAACUUACUUUGAAAGAGCAGUGGAAGCUGCCCCUGAAGACUGCAAUGUUAUUGCAUCUUAUGCAUAUUUCCUCUGGACCUGCGAAGAGGAUGAAGAAGAGAAUGUCAUUACUACAGAAUAAAAUGUAAUGGAUCCGGCCAAUUUGAGCUCUGUAAAAACUGCUGCUGCUUAAUGUUUCAUCUAGGCUUAAAAGUAGUAAUGUCCAGAUCAGAGUAUUUUCUUGACAAAAUUAGUUUCCAAAUUUUUCAUGGGAUUUUAUCUUUGACUGUUUUUAAAUUUCUUAUGUCAUUUCCAAGAUAAUAUAGUACAGAUAUAAAAGUUUAGUUACGAGAAUGGAGUUUGAUGAGCUACUAAGGGACAGCCUUUGCCUAUGAUGAGACUGGAUAUUUGUUGUCCUCACAAAACGUCAGGGAUAAGCUUUGUCUUCACUUCUGAUCUGAACAAUAAGAUCAGUAAUAAACUAUCGCAA